UAAACUACAAUGAACGACAAAGGCAGUCCACCUCCUUACUCCGAGCCGCAAGCAGGCGCUGGGUACCCUCCUUCUCAGGGAGCUUACCCGCCACCCCAUGGCGGGUAUCAACAACCCCACCCGGCUACCAGCAGUCGCAUCCUGGCUACCCCUCACCUCAAGCCGGCUACCCUCCACCACAAGGUGGCUACCCUCCACCCCACGGUGGCUACCCUCCACCCCACGGUGGCUACCCUCCACCACAAGGUGGCUACCCUCCACCACAAGGCUACUAUCCUCCACCACAGCAUAUGCAGCAGACGAUGAGCACGAACAAUGUCAUCGUUGUUGGCCAGCAGGCACCAGUCACAAACACAGUGAUCGUACAAAGACGUGGGGUGAAUCACUGCCUGCACUGCAUUAUCAGCUUGUUCUUCUGGCCCUGGCUCAUUGUCUGGCUGUGUCUG